AUGGCCGAGCGGGCGCGGCUCGGCGACGUCGGGGGCUCAUCGACGCUAGGCGGACGGGACUCAACGUACCUCCAGGACCAAGUCCGGACCUUGCAGAUCCAGGGCGACUACUAUGCGCGCAAGGUCGAGAUCGAGAAGCGCCGCGGCGUCGAGCUCGACAAGCAGCUCAAGACGUACCGCGAGACGCACAAUGAGACGCGGCGCAUGAUGAGCGCGAGCACGCCGCCCGCGGCCAAGGCGCCUCUUGACACAGCGUCGGACCAAAAGUCCCUGCGCAUCUUGGAGAACCGGCUGGAAAAAGUGCUCAUUCGCCUCAACGAAGCCUGCAAUGCCAACAAGAAGCUCCGGGAGCAAAUCCAAAACUUACGUCGCGAGAAGGUCCAGCAGCAGCAGAUCCACGAAAAGCUCGACCGUGAAUUGCACACAAAGGCGCAAGACGUCACCAAGACGAGUCAGCUCACGCAGAGCAUCUUUGACGCGCGGGACCGAGCGCAGCGCCAAGUCGAGGCGCUCCGGGCGCAAGCGGCCGAGGAAAGCGCGCGCUUUGAAGCCGAUUGGAACGAGCGCCGGGAGGUGAUCGAAGUCGACCGUAUGACCAUGCGCUCGAUCCAGAACCACGGGUCCAUGUUCGCGCAGUACGACGACGAGAACGAUGGCAGCCGCGACAACGGGACGCCGGACGCCAAGCUUCGGGACGACACGAUGAAGGCGUCGUGGCUCAUUGCCGCCAAGGACGCCGACCUGCGCAAGCAAACCGAGCGCCUCAAAGCGUACGAAGAUGGACUUGCCAAGGUGCGCAAGAAGACAGGCAUCAAGGACAUUGGAGAGCUCGCGAGCGCGCUCCUCGCGGCGGAGGAGAAGAACUUUUCGCUCUUCAACAUGAUCAACGAGCUCAACACGGAGAUGGAGUCGGUCGAGAUCGAGAACAAUCGAUUCCAAGACAUGAUCAACGAAGUGCAAGGUUGUGGCUCGGACCUCAACCGCGCGCGCAUCAAGGCCAGUCUCGAAGCCCAGAUUGAAAAGUCUCAUGUCAAGGCCAUGCAUUUUGAAGCGCGCGCCGCCGAGUCAAACGCAGUUAUCGAGUCGAUCAAGGCCGGCGCGAUGAACAUCUUCCACAAGAUCGGCUACAACGAUGAAGCCUUGCUCCAGCAGCUCAAUUCGACGGGCCUUACGGACAUCAACAUGCUCAAGUUCCUCGGCAUCAUCGAAAAGCGCAUUGGCGAGAUCGUCCAGAUGCACAAUAUCGUCUACACGCAGUCGUCGAGCGGCAGCAAACUCGACGUGACGCUCGGCCUGUCGCCCGGCAAAGGCCCCGUGAAGCGCGGGAACGGGAACCUCGGCGCACACGAGUACCACCCGACGCCGCCGGCGGCCGACGACUUUGUCGACGACGACUCGGACGACUCGGACGAGCUCAUCAAGCCGUGCACGCUGGCCGAGAUACAAGAAAAGGCGGCGGCAGCAAUAGGCAAGCGAAAAGACAAGCCGCGCCAAAAGCGUUGAGGGGACCAACACAAUGCAAGGUGAAAAAUGGGUUUGGUGGCUGAUAUGUUU